UCAGGUCAAGGCUAAACACAUAAUAAUAUUAGAAGUGCAAAUAUGGCUGAAGUUUUAACAGACAAAGUGAUAGUGAUCACAGGUGCAGCUGAAGGUAUAGGCUACGCGAUUGCCGACUCAUUUCUUGAGAAAAACCCCAAAGCAGUAAUUAUUCUAGACAUCAAUGAGAAGCUGGGCGCGGAAUCUGCGCAAACUCUAAACUCUAAAUACGGUGGCAACAAAGCAGUUUACAUUAAAUGCGAUGUUACAACUGAUUUGGAAGCUGUAUCCAAAGAAAUAUUCGACAGAUACAAGACAGUUGAUGUUUUGGUUAACAACGCUGGUAUUACUGAUGAAAAAUUGGUGAGAAAAACCGUAGCGCUCAACGUCACAGCCGUAUUAGAAUGGACAUUCAAAUUCUGGGGGCACAUGAGAAAGGAUAAAGGUGGAAAUGGGGGAACUAUUAUAAACGUGUCAUCUAUUUGUGGAUACCGAAGAGAUCAGUUCUUGCCCGUUUAUAAAGCUACGAAACACGCUAUCAUGGGAUUCACAAGAACUAUUGGACAUACGUUCAAUUACGAUCUAACAGGUGUGAGAGUGGUAGCACUAUGUCCAGGUUUCACGAAAACGUCGUUAGCAAGUAAAGAUAGAAUCACAGUCGAUCCAGCGAUUAUUAGACAUUACAUUAACUACAUGAAAAAUACUUGCCCUUGGCAAAAUCCUGAUUCAGUUGGUAAAGCCGCAGCAGAAGUAUACGAGAAAGGUGCUAGUGGUACAGCGUGGGAAAUAGAGGGCGGUAAGCCCAUCGUAGAAGUACCUUGAACAAUUUCAUUCAUUUUUAUAGAAAUAUUAGCUAGUAGUAGAUAGAAUUUUGGAAAAUAAUAGUCUGUAUUACUUGCUGAUAAUAUAGCUUCCUAAAGGUGAAAGAGUUUUCGAAAUCAGUUGAGCAGUUUUUGAGUUUAUUCAUUACAAAUAAACAAUCAAGUCUUUCCUGUUUAUAAUAUUAAUUUAGAUAGACUAGCAGACACGACAUAGUUUUAUUCCAUAUUGUCAACACUUUUUCUUAUCAAUUUUUUUUUAUACAACUUAGAAUGGCAAACAAGCUGACGGCCCACCCGGUGGAAAGUGGUAACCGUCGCCUAUAGAUAUGAGCAGUACCAUGGACACAACAGAGGAUACUGUUUCGCCCAUGAUACCCCCCAUGCGUUGCCAUUCCUGAGGACCCAGGUGUUAUUCCUCUGUACCCAGUAAAUUCAAGCCAUAUCCCACUCUUAAAACCGAAACACAGCCAUGGAAACACAACUGCUUCACGGUUGAAACACGAAUGGGACAGAGGUACCCAAGCAAUCGACUUUUGUACAAAGUCUCCCUCUGGUCAAAGAUAAAAAUUACUAAUCCUGUUAUGUUGAAAUACUCUAUAUAUGUAUACAAAUUUCCAUUAAAAUCGGUUAAGUAAUUUCAAAUAAUACCGGGGUCAAAUAUCAUGAUAAGGGAUUUUGUUUAUUAAAUAAAAAAAAAAGUUGUAAAAUAAUUAGAAAGCAAUAAUGAAUGCCAGAAAAGCAAAUUACUAUUGACCUGUUAAUAUUUACUAACUCUUUUUCAAUAAUUUGUAAAUUUUCGAAGCUAGUAAUUUGAAUAGAAAAAAAAAUAACAUUAAAUUAUAUUUCAAUUCAUAAAAAUAAAAGUAAAAAAUUGGAUCAUUAUAAUUUUUCAUAAAAAACAAACAUCGUCAAUAAAAUUAAUUUAUAUAAGUAUAUAUUUCAAUAAUAAAUCAAUAUUCGAUAAUAAAUCAAUAUUCAACAAUAAAAUAGUAUAAAAAUGAAAGAUUUUUUAAUAAACAAACUAAAAGAGAUUUUUUUUUUAAUUCUUUCACCUUGUAGAAAGCUACAUUGUCAGCGAGCAGCACAUUUUGUAUUUUAUUUGAAAAAAUAAAUCGUGCGAAGCCAGAGCGGGUAACUACUACGAAUAAACUUUCAGAUUGUCCAAUAUUGGUUUUGCUGGAAGAAAUCUCUUCUAGAGAUAAACUCGCCCUUGUGCACUAUUUUAUGUCUGUAAUAUUUUUAUAAUAUUUUUAAUGUAAAAUAAAAAAAAAUAUUUAAAAUAACUAUUAGCAUUAUUACGAUAUUAUAAACAUAAAUAUAUCUAUAUUAUAGCCAAGUUCCAAUAAUCAAUUUAAUUAAAAUAUCCAUAUUUAAAAUUGCAUUAUUU